AUGCGAGCACAACAGAAACGCCUGGCCGCUCUGCCUUCCCUUCCUCUCCUUCUCGUCCUGAUCUCCAGAGCGAGAGGGAGGGGGAUCUAGAAAACUGAUCUAGCCUCUUUUUGGUAAUCUCCUUUUAGCGAUCGAGAGGAAAUGGCAGUGAGCUCCAGGGUCUCUCUUCUUCUGAUGGCCAUCGUUGUCGUGCUCGCCACCGUGGCCAAUGCGCAGGCCCCUGCCCCGACACCCACCAGCGAUGGAACAAGCGUGGACCAAGGGAUCGCGUAUGUGCUCAUGUUCGUGGCACUUGUGCUCACCUAUCUAAUCCACCCCCUGGACGCGUCCUCCACCUACAAGCUCCUCUGAACCUGCGUCUUCUGUACUAGUAACUCCCCACGCUACGGAUGUAAUCAACGGUGCAUGGUCAACCAACUAAUCCAGCUUGAUCGAUCCAGAAAAAAAAAGCGUUGUGGGAUUAUCUAUGUAGUUUUGUUUCCUUCUAGAUGUUCAGUUUGGAGAAUUGGGAAUGAGAAACACACCGAUUCAUGAAUA